CAAAGAUGGUGAAAAAAGUCUGUCUUUUGUUGAUGACACUUUUUAUUUGUGCUGAGUUUAAUUUUGCCAACUCAAAACGUCAACAUGUGAGUAAUGUGUGUACAUAUGACCAACAGACAGAUGUUGUAAUUAAAUUUAAAGAAUCAAAACGAAAGGGGGCAAAACUUUUAGGGGCGGUCAGUACAGAUAAUUUGGAUAACUGUCAAGAAAAUUGCUGUCAACAUAAUGGUUGUACUGUAGCGCUCUUCCAUUCCACAAAUGCAACAGAAAACUGUUACUUCAUUCGAUGUUUUCCAUAUGAUGUCUGUACUUUUACAACUCUCAGCAAUUUCUCCAUAUCAACAGUCUCUCUAGAUAAUGAAGCAUCAGAUAUCAGUGAAAAAGAGGAGGAAUAUGACACAGUAACUUGGCCAAACUGGUGGUUUGAUGAAGAAAAUGAAGCAGUUGCAACAACACCAGUCAGUGAACCUUCGACCUCUGAUCAACUCCAUUCCACACCCAUUUCCUCUGACCUUACCCCAGAAUCCUUACCCCAUUCACCAACAUCUGAGACAGUUGAAGAUAACAGUACAGCAACAUCAUUGGCACAAACCUCAUCAUCAACAACAUCUUCACUAAUUGAACAAACACAUUCUUCAUCAUCUAACACCACCUUGUCUCUUUCAGAAACCUCUUCAAAUUCUGUUCCCGCUGAAUCUUCUCCGACUCCCACUUUAAACUUUCCUUCUAUUUCUUUAAAUAAUACUGGUGUGAGUUCUUCCAUGGUAAAUACACCAAUAGCAGGUGAAAGCUCUUCAGUCAAUGUAACAGAUACAGGUAUAUGGACAACAUUAAAAAAUGAUGUUCAGCAGACAACUGAUGCACCGGACAUCACAACAACAAGCUAUAUCCCAACAACAACAGAGUUGCUGACAGAGCCAACAACUCAACAACAACAUACCACUACAAAGACAUCAACAACAGAAGGCAACCAAGUAGUUGAUGGUACAGCAACAGAGUCACAUACGACAACACGUAUUUAUGUUGAUGUGACAGAAAUGAUAAUGGACACAGGAGAUACAACUAUUAUGCAAGAGCCUGUGAAUGCUACAGCAAACCCUUUAACGAAGCAUGAUGCGACAUCAACUUACAACAAACUUUCUUCUAAUGGUGCUUUAAUUGCAUCACUGUGUUUUAGCGUUUUAUUUGCAUGUGCUGUAUGUGUCCUACUGGGAAAGCGUUGGUAUGAGGGUUACCAGAGACGACAUUACUCCAAAGUAGACUACCUUAUCAAUGGAAUGUACAACUAAUGCUUUAACAGGGAAAGUGUAUAAAUUUGGUCAUUAUUUAGUUUGGGUUUUUAUCAUCAGAAUUGGACAUCUGAGUUAAUAAUAUACUAGUCACUAAUAGCCAAAUAUUUUUUAAAAGAAUGGCUAAAAUAAUGAUAUCUAUUAUUUUAUCCUGAAUACUUUUUCACACUAAGUGUUUUUACAAAAGGCCAUUGGGAAACAUACAUAUACUAUCAUAUUUAAAUUUAUUGAUAUUGUUAUUUUUGUUUGUUUUUAUAAUAUUUUUGAACGUGAUUGAUUAUUUGUUUUUUGUAGGUACAUGUAGCUUUCUUGUAUACUUUUUUCUGUAAUAAAUGUUUCAGUGUGUUGAAUACUUUGUUCAUUAACAAUAUUGAGUCAUUAAUUUGGCCUGUAUGUUCAGUGUUUUGUUGUUGUAUGGUGUGAGGGUCACAAAUGAUCAACUAUGUUGGAUGGAUCACCUUCUCUGAAGGUCAAUAAAUAAUGUAAUAAUAAAUAAUAAUAUAUAUAAAAUUUAACAUUCCAAUAGAAUCUGCUUGAAAUUAAAUGAGGUUGUAAUAUUUUUCUCUCUGUUUUGGUUGUUUUACUAAAAAUAUUUAUAUGUUGUCCUAAAUUUGGAAUUUAGAUGGUUGUAUAAAAAUAACUAUCAGGCCAAGUUGUGUGUAGGGAGGGAAACAUUGACUUAGGUUCAAAGUUGUUUUCCUAAUUCUGAACUGUCUAAACAGCGCCAUUAGUGAGCAAAGUAAGCCUCAUUUUUAUUGAUGAACUACAGCCUAGGAAAAUAGUGCCAAGGGUGUGUAACUUGAGGUGUUAGCACACAACUGAGGGCGGUUGAUUAAUUUUUAUUGAUUCUUUAUUUGAAAAAUACAUGAAUGGCUGGUGGCGCUGUAGAGUUGUACAUUUGAGAGACUUGAAGCAAGUUUAAGACAACAUAUCUGGUGUUAAAUAAUUCAUAUAAUAGAUUAAACUAGCACACUGCAGUUGGUAUGGUAUUGCAUUAAUUAAAUGUAUUAUCACUUACAUAUAAGAAAAGAAUUUUUUGUACUCGCUUGGUGCAUCUAUCCUCAUUUGAGUAAAGCUUUAAAGAUUGAGUUGCUUCACAAUAUUUUUUACUUAUUAAAGGUAUUAAGUAGGAUUUUCAACAUAAUCAGUUUAGGUUAUUUCCAUAGAGAUGUAUUUAAGAGGAAUAAUAUUUGUAUAUAUUGAAAUAUGAUCAAUCUAUUAUAUAAAUCAAGGUCUUUAAAAUGAAUUAUUGUGCUUUGUGAGGUAUAAUACUUUAUAAAAGAAUAAUUGAAUAUUAAUCAGUAGCUCAUUGAUUUCAUUGUGUAAUAUUUUUGUUGAAGAAAACUUAUGUCUUUCAUUUUAAAAUUCCUUUUUCAAAUUUAGAAUUUCACAAUUUAUGAUAUAUGACUAGUUCACUAUGUUUAAUCAUUUAGGAGUUCCCAUGGAAACAAGUUAAGAUAUCUUUAUUACAAUUGUGUAUAUAAGUUGAUAUUUAUUAGAGUUAGAAUACAAUCAAUCAUUCACAAUGUUAUAUACAUAAUUAUAUAGAACUCUGUUAAGUUUACAAAUACUGUCAUUUAAAUAUUUUAAAGCAGAUGUGCUAUAUUUAUUUGAUUUAAACAAUUUUUCCUUCUUAAUAUUUUUGUGAUAAUUUUUGACUUUUUUAAACAAGUUCUUUUUCAUGUUAUGAAUUUGCCCACCAUUUUGAUUUGUAUUCAACUAUUUUACAAAAGUAGCGUACUGUUUUCCAGACAGCUAACAGUAUAUUUCAGGUUAGCUGUACUGUUUUUGAUUUAGUUUCUUUCAAGUCACUAUAUUUCAUACAAUUUAUUUUUUAAUGUUUUAUUUCAUACUUAAGAAUUAAAUAAGAAAAACUGCUUAUUUGAAUUUUCAGUUACCAUUAUAAUUAUUCAUUUCUUUUUUAUAACAUUUCAUAAAAGUUAAGAUUGUUAUUGUUUGGAUUACAUUUCAGUUUAUUUUGAUUUUUGUAACAAUUUCUGAAGCAUUUAAUAAUUGAAUCAUAGUCAUAAUGCAACAAUGUGUAUUUCUCAAAAUUUAGUAAAAUGGUUUUGGAUAAUGGCUGGUUGUGAAGCAGUACAUUAUGUCUGUAAAUGUCUGUCGAUUGUUUGUAGUUAAGUCAGGUGGUGCUGCACAUACAAUGAACAGUGGCGUAUCUAGAAGUCUUGAAAUGGGGGUGCUGAUAGAGGGCUUGAAGGUGAAGUAGGGGGCUCGAUGUUCAGUUGAGGGCGCUAACCCGCAAAUUAAGGUGAUUUUUAACUACUUUUAAGUGACUUUUUUGGUGGGGCGACUGGGGGUGCGAGUCAUUUUUAGAGGGGUGUGCAUCCCCCGAGCACCCCCCUAGAUAUGCCACUGACAAUGAAGGGUAAUCAUUGCAGUGCAAUUUACACUGUAGUUUACAAGCCUUCUUUUAAAGAUCAGUUGCACACUGACUACUGUGUUGUUUACUUUUCACAUUCAUAUAUGCUAUAACAGAUGAAGAAAAACCAAAGGAAAUGCUGUUUCCAAUUACUUUAACUGGGCAUUUUAAGAUAGACUAUGCACUUUUGUUUUGAGUGUACUGUAUUCAUUAUUUUCUUAUCCUGAUAUCUUUGCUCAAUGAAUGAUCACCAAUGUUAAAAUUACUUUAAUGAAUCUUUUUUUGCAUUGUUAUUGAAGUGCACAGAGGCAUCCAUUGCACUUAAUGCAUACAUGGACAUUUAUUAUUAUUUUUAUUGCAUGAAUUUGUUUUAUUAUUUGUUCAUAUCAGAGUUUGUUCAUAAGAGUGAGCAUUGUGAGGGUAGGCUUAUUCACUGGAAAGCCAAAAGCAAUAUUUUUCUUAAUUCUGCUUUCGUGUCCUUUCCCAGGCUCUGGGAAGAACUACCUCCUCUACUUUAAAACUCUGUUAAUGUUUCCUGUUUUAAGAAUAAUUUAAUUAAGCAUUUUAUUUCAUUUUAUGUUUCUGAUUAGUUCUGAUUGAUUUUGUGUAUUUCAUUUUAUA